AUGGCGUCGCACAGCGCCUACGCUGCGUAUAAGCGCGACAACAGAUACCUGCUACAUUGGAUGAUCAAAACCUCCAACAACAUUAUCAGGCGUCUCUCUGCUCGAGGAGCCUUGGACGGCAUGUCGCUUGCCAUCAAUUCGACAGGUGAAACCACAGUUGCGGAGCUCGUCAUCAUGUCAAAAUUGAUUGCCAAUCACCACAUCUCGCCUGUCCCAUCUAUCGUUUACCGACUGCUUAAUCAAGACCCAACUGUUGAAGAGCAGAACGCGCGUCACAAGUACUUCAUCGAUGCUUUGGAAGAGAUAUUCCGAAACUUGGGCGGCGAAAAGUGGUCCGAAGCUAAGGCGCCCUCCGAUGAAAAUGAGGUUGAAGCAAUUGAGCAGGCUAUAUUUGCCAACAGGUUUACUGCUUUGCAACUUGACGGUGCAGACGACGCGCAAGAUCAAUCCGACGACCCAGAUGCUCAGCAGACGCAAGGCAAGAGACAACCGCGACCAAGAAAAUCCAAGGGAAACAAAAAGAACAAGUCAAGAAAGAAGCGGCCGCAGAAAUCCGGCGAAACGGAGAACUCGCUUGACUCUGUGCCCCUGGAAAGCUACCGCAUCAUUGAGGGCAGCGAGGGCAAUGUCGCUGAAUAUCUUAUGGCAGUGUAUGAUCUUCUUACUGAAUGUACGACUUUGAGAGCGUCAGUGCAGUCUUUUUGGCAUGAUGUUGCAUACAAGGGCGAACACAUCGCCGUCGCAGGAGCAGUGUCCAAUGCCGCCAUUGCCAUGAUCAAGCGGAUCUCCUCCGAGCUGUUUGUUGACUUUCCUGGCUACGACUCGUUCGAGACAAUCAUUCACAUAAUGACCCGUGGUCGCGGAAUCAACGCUCUGUGUGAUUUUCCCGUCGCUAUUCAUGAACAUGGCAUCAAGGUAGAAAGGAAGACGCAGGACGUUCGAGAGCAGCUUUCAACUUAUGCAUACCACGAUCUUCUUGAUUUCAUCCAUGAUUUCCAGAAGACACACUCUGGAAAGCCCACAAAACGAAUGCUGAAGCAGAUUGCAAACUGGAACUUCCACGCAGACCUUCAGAAACUCAGCCAUGAGGAAAGACGCCAAUGGCGCCGAUCUUACACCAUCAAUUGGCUCUAUGACCUGGUCAAUGUCUUUUGGGGGUUCGCAGAUGGGCUUCAUAGCACAGUCAAGACUUCGACCUGGUGGCGCGGUCAGACCAACAACGACGAUUUCAGAUUCCUGCCGGUGCCUCUCUACGGCGUAAAUGAUUUUGCCGGCUUUGUUGCUUCGUUGACGAGGAAAAGCUACGGCACCGACAUCUCGAACAAAAUUCUUCCCCACCAUGUGUUCCAGCUGCAAUGCAUGGUUGACUCCAUGACCGUCUCCCGAGGUUGGUUCUAUGUCCCAACCAUUGGCUAUAUCGUCAAGCCCCCCCCCCAGUCGGCUUUAUCGCCCGCCGAGAUUUGGACAGUUUUCUGGAGACUGGUUGGCCUGCUUCUUCUUACUCAGGAUUCCUGCCAACGGCUGAUUUAA